UCUCUUUCUCUCUCUCUCUCUCUCUCUUCUGGGUGGGGCCUCAAGCAAAUGAGUUGCUCACACUGAACACUACAGUACAGGUCGUGCUGUUCUAUUCAGGAAGUAAGGAAGGAAACGAUUCAGAACAGAAUCAUAAGAAACUAGAAGCACACACGCCCAAAUUUUUAGUUACUUUAACGCAUAAAGAAAGACGAAAAGUGAUCUUUUUUUUGUUUGUUUGUUUUAACAGUAACGUAUUGUGUUGCUGUGCCGUACUAGUUAAUUUGACUCAGGAAAGAUACUCCCAAAACAACGGUUUUUUUUUUGUUUUUUGUUUUUACAACCACCUAGGUUAUACCAUCUUUAUAUAUAUAUAUAUAUAUAUAUAUAUAUAUAUAUAUAUAUAUAUAUAUAUAAUAUAUAAUAUACAAUAUAUAUAAAUUUUAUUUUGACGAUUGCGAUACGUCAGUAGCCAUACACAGCAGCCAUGGCAGACAGAGACCUACCCCAAGUGGAACUUUUUGUAAAGGCAGGGCUCGACGGGCAGAGCAUUGGAAACUGUCCCUUCUCUCAGCGGCUCUUCAUGGUGCUGUGGCUCAAGGGAGUCACUUUCAACGUGACCACCGUGGACAUGAGGAAGAAGCCGGAGGUGUUGAAGGACCUGGCCCCCGGCGCUCAGCCCCCCUUCCUCCUGUACGGCACCGAGGUGAAGACCGACACCAACAAGAUUGAGGAGUUCCUGGAGGAGAACCUGAGCCCUCCCAAGUUCCCCAAACUGGCAGCUAAGAACCCCGAGUCAAACACAGCCGGUCUGGACGUCUUCUCCAAAUUCUCAGCCUACAUCAAGAACUCUAACCCUGCCAUGAACGACAAUCUGGAGAAGGGGCUGCUCAAAGCCCUGGAGAAGCUGAAUGCGUUCCUGAGCACGCCGCUUCCUGAGGAGAUUGACGAGAACAGCGCGGAGGACGAGAGCGUCUCCACUCGCCACUUCCUCGACGGCGAUGAGCUCACGCUGGCUGACUGCAACCUGCUGCCCAAACUGCACAUCGUCAAGGUGGUGUGUCUGAAGUACCGCGGGUUUGAGAUCCCGCGCUCGCUCUCCUCUCUCUGGCGCUAUCUGGAUGCUGCCUAUGCCAGGGAGGAGUUCUCUUCAACCUGCCCGGCCGACCAGGAGAUUGAGCAGGCCUACACCUCCGUAGCACGAGCGCUGAAGUAACGAGGCACAGAGACCGGGGCAGACACACGCAUCACCCACACGCUUCUUUGUAGCGUUUAUUUAUUUCUCGUUUUUUCUUUUUGCCCUUCUCUAGGACUCUGCAUUGACUCGCAUGUAGGGUAGACCUGCUGCUGUUGUAAACGGCACAGGAGGAAAUUUAACACUUCUCUUCAGGUCUCAAAAUGCUUCAUAGGUAGGGUA